AAACCUGAGAAUAAGGAAAAGAAAGAAAAUGAAGAUGCUAAAGAAGAAAACAAAGCUGAAAAAGAUAAUAAAGAUGAAAAUGUUGAGGGUAAUGAUAGUAAGUACAAUGAAGAUAAUGGCUCAAGGGCUUGUGAAAAAUUAGUUCAUUUUAUUGUUAGUAAGGGCUCUAAACAGUCUGAACCAAUAGUACUAGGAUUGAACAGCCAAAUCCCUGUAGUCCAGAAGGCAUUGCAUAUUGCAGUAGAGUUAGCAGAAGCACCAUUUGGAAGGCCUAGGAUCAUUUGUUUUUCUUUAAAAAUAAAUAAGGAUGGAAUAUAUGUCCCAGUAGCUAAAAUAGUUGAAUAUAGUAAAAUAUGUUUAUGA